AGAGACAACGCAGCCCCUUGUGCAGUCAUCACCUUCAGCGUCAGAGGAAAACGAGCUUUUUAAGAGAGGAAUCCAGAGAGAUUAGACAGAGAAAGAGCAAAAUUAGGAGCUGUUGAUUGAAGGAAAAUGGGGGAAUCGUCAGAAGCAUCGCAGCAAUCAUUCCUGAGGAAGCACUGGGAGGGCUACAAGGAGUUCUGGACCGAGAGGUUUUCGUUCUUGGACAACUAUACCAGGUUCAUCGAUAAGCGCCUCCCCUCAUGGUCCGCUUCCGAUGUUGAAGAGUUCAUUGCUUCAGACCCUGUUCACGGACCGACGCUGAAAACUGCUAGGGAAGCAGUAAACUUUGGUCUCACAGGAAGUGUUAUUGGAGCAGUGUCUACUGCAGGUGUUGCCUGGAAGUAUUCAAGGAGCGUACAUGGUGCUGGGCUGUCCUUUCUAGCAGGAGGUAUGUUUGGUUGGACAUUUGGACAUGAAGUUGCAAACCACUGGCUGCAACUUUACAGGUUGGACACCUUGGCUGCGCAGGCCAAGUUUAUGGAGUGGUGGCAAAACAAGAGUGUGGGUAGGUCGUAACUCAACAAUACAUGCCACAAUGGAGGCUGCAGCUUCAACUUUGUUUCUAUUUCUACAAUAAGAAUCCAUCCAAGUUCCUUUUUCUCUUUAAUGCGUUGAACUUUGAUGCUGCUGUUCUUCACGAUUGUAAUGAUCUUUUGUUGAACGGAAAUGGUGAGCUCAUUAGCAAACAAGAGUGCUAUGAAAAGAUGCCAAGUGCUAAUUCCUUCUUGUAGUUUGUUUGACCUUGUAGUAACAAAUAAAUUUUUGUGAUUUCAAAGUGAACUUUUAAAUUUCUGUGGUGUA